AUGGAGGAACAGCAAUAGGAAUAAAAGGAAAAGAAGCGGAGAGAUAAGAAGUAAUUAUUCAAUAAUAUUAAUAGAAGAAUAAAGUGUUAAAAAGAUAGAAUUGUUGAGUCAUAAUUGAUUAUGAAUAGGAUGAAAUUUUAGAUUAUUAAGUGA